CUGCGCGAGUUGCGGAGAAAAAUUAAAAAAAUAAUAAAAGAAAAGAAAUGGCAGUUACUCGAGAGAAAGAAAAUUGUACAAGAAAAAUUAAUGGGAAUAUACCUGCAUUAUCUCUCACUAGUGAUAAUAUGUCGACAUCCACGGAUAGUGACGAUGUAGCGGACCCUACAUAUGAAAUUAGGAACAUUCAAAGUAUUAUAAAUGUGACUCGUGAAAACAUUGACGCUUUGAAUGCAAAAUUUGCUGGUUUGCAACAUCCCCCAUCGUUAUAUUUGUCGGAAUAUCAGGAGUUGACAUCGAAAUUGCAUAAUUUAGAGCUUAGGGAGCGGACUUUGCGGGAGUUAUUGCAGUCAGAGUCGCCGGAUAGGAGUGAGGAGCAUUCGUUGCAAGAUGACUCUAAGAAGUACGAUACUCUUACGCGGCAGCCGAAGGUGUUCCUGCGGGCGCACCUGCCGAACCAGCAGCGGACGAGCGUGCAGGUGAAGGAGGGCGUGACGUUGCGGGACGCGCUCUCCAAGGCGUUGAAGCUCCGCAACCUCACUUGUGAAAUGUGUGAAGUGGUACGGACAGGCAAUAACCAAGUGAUACCAUGGGACAUCGACAUAACGGACAUAGACGCCGAAGAGGUGACAGUCCGCACGUUGGACAAGCUCCCCAUCAUGUCGCACAUCUCACACCAGUUCACGAGGAAGACCUUCUUCACGCUGGCCUUCUGCGAGUGUUGCAGACGGCUACUCUUCAACGGGUUCUACUGCUCGCAGUGUAACUUCAAAUUCCACCAGCGCUGCGCAGACAAGGUGCCACCCAUAUGCCACCAGGUUCGGAUGACAGACACGUACUACGCAGCGCUGUUGGCCCAGAACCCGGAGACGCAGGCCAUCCUACACUACCCGCACUUUGGCUUCCACCACCUCAUUAGUACCGACCACAGCAAGCAACAGCACCCACGUUCGUUGAACCAGCAGGACCGGUCCAACUCGGCGCCCAACGUGUGUAUCAACAUGGUGCAGCGGCCCAUGACCCUCGCCGAACAUCAGCGGAAGUAUAACAACCAGUGCACCAACUCGCCACAGUCCACAAACUACCUGACGUCGGGCAGACAGAAUAAAGACGACAAGAGCAGCAAGGACAACAGCGACCAACAACACAGUCAAAGCACGCAGGUUGGUUUGGCGUCCCCGACGGGCACGCUGCGCCCGCGACGUGCGCGUGCGCGCUCCGCGGACGAGUCGUGGAAGAACGCGCUGUCGCCGCGCGAGAGCUACGACGACUGGGUCAUACACGCCGACGAGAUACUCAUCGGCGCCAGGAUAGGUUCGGGCAGCUUCGGGACGGUAUACAAAGCGCACUGGCACGGCCCCGUCGCCGUCAAGACGCUCAAUGUGAAGACACCCACUCCCGCGCAGCUCCAGGCCUUCAAGAAUGAGGUGGCAGUAUUACGCAAGACGCGGCACUGUAACAUCCUCCUCUUCAUGGGCUGCGUGUCCAAGCCGUCACUGGCGAUAGUGACGCAGUGGUGCGAGGGCUCCUCCCUGUACCAGCAUUUGCACGUGCUCGAGACGCCUUUCCCCAUGCUGUAUCUCAUAGACGUGGCGCGCCAGACCGCCCAGGGCAUGGACUACCUGCACGCCAAGAAUAUCAUACACAGAGACCUGAAAUCAAACAACAUAUUCCUGAGAGACGACUGGUCGGUCAAAAUUGGUGAUUUCGGCCUAGCCACCGCCAAGGUCCGGUGGUCAGACUCGUCAACAGCGGGCGGCGUGCAGUGGCAGCAGCCCACGGGCUCCAUCCUGUGGAUGGCGCCCGAGGUGGUCCGCAUGGAGGAGCCCGUGCCCUACACGUUCCGCUCGGACGUGUACGCGUACGGCGUCGUGCUCUACGAGCUCAUGGCCGCCGAGCUGCCGUAUGCGCACCUCAACAACAAGGACCAGAUACUAUGGAUGGUCGGGCGCGGCCUCCUCAAGCCCGACGUAAGAAGACUCCGCCAGGACGCCCCUCAGGCCCUGAAACGGCUGUUCGAGGACUGCAUCAAGUUCGACCGGGAACAGCGACCACUGUUUAGACAAAUACUGGCAUCGCUCGAAGGGAUGCUCCGAGCUAUGCCGAAGAUCACACGCUCGGCGUCGGAGCCCACGCUGAGCCGGCAGCUGCACGGCUCCGACGACUACUUGGCCUACUCGUGCGCCUCGCCGAAGACGCCCGUCAACUUUCAGUUCAACACUGACACUAGUUUCCCCGCUUUUUAUGGAAUCCCAGUGCCGAACCAGCGGCAUCCCUAGGAUAUAUUAUUAAGCGACAAAUAGGCCUCACGCACGAGGGUGGCUGCCUGUUUGCUUAUCAAGGCCAGAUCACCCACAGCUGCAAGACGCCAGAAGACAUCAACUCAUGGAAACAGACUUUGUAUUGAAAGCAAAUGUGCGCAUUCUAGUGAGCUAGUAGUGAUCAGUGACGUUUCUUACUAAAACGGCAAUGCACGCUUUCCUAGCCGUACUAGGACUCUCAGCAGGGGGGUUAAAAAGGCCACAUCGAAGCGAUUCAUCUGAAAAAGCAAUAUUGUUGUUUUAACAUUGACGUUGACUGUCCAGGCCAAAUCCAACAACCUUCACGUGACGUCCCGCGGUUUUUUUAUUGAAGGUAGUUGGAAAUAUUUCACAUUUAAUAAAUUUAUAUUAGAAAUCUCCGACACUGUAAUAUUUCAGUUAUUUUCAGCAUGUAUCACAUGUGAUGCAGGGACGUCUCGUUCUUAAUUUUAGUGUAUCACAUACGAUGCAGGGAAGUCGAUGCAUAAAAUGUGGGUAUUCGUUUAAGUAUUUAUUUUAGUUUUCUUGCGUGUAGUUACAGAAAAAUAAUGAUAAACAUCAGUUACGAUUUAAAAGCACAUUUUGUUUACCAUGCUUUAAUGAAUUUCAUUAAGUUUUUGUUUAAUUUUUGUCUUUGCAUAAUUUUCUUUAAGUAAAAAAAAAUGUGUUGGAUGAUUGGUGUUUUACAUUUCUUAAUAUCUACCGUAGACGUCCUAAUCAUAUUUAUUUCCCUAACUCAGACGUCCUCGCCAAUAAACGGCAUACAGUCUGUAAGGAGGACGUAUGGUGAAAGAUCAAUUUGUAUCAUAUGUGAUGCAGGGACUGUCAACGUGUUAAGUUUACGCGGUAAUUAUCAUAAUUAAAACUCAUAAUAACGGGUUCUCAUCAUUGGGUUCGGGUCAUCCCGUGAUCAUGGCACUUGCAACAGUGUCGAAAUAUCGGGAGUCUCAUAU